AUGGCGUCUCCUGAUGUACGAAGCCGCGGCUAUCCAAUGCCCCACGGUGUUAGUGGCAUGACACACACCCCAUCGAGGGACGACAAGCGUCCUACGAAAGGAUCGCUUCAGUGGUUCAAGCAGAAGCAAAAGCAAUGGAACGAAACACCCAGAAAGAAGAUAGUGGCGUUGCCUUCUUCCUUUACAUCACCAGAGACAGUCGCUCCGGCACCCGAAAUAAGCAUUCCUAUCGAUAUCAUGGAUUCACCCGUCAAGACUAGUUUUGACUCGCCAAUAGUCCUAUCCUCGAGCGCGUUGAUUCCUAGCUCUGCAACCAGCUCCUUUUCUCUCCCCAUCUCGGUCCCAAUCAGUGCUGCUACUACUGGCACUCCCGCAACCUUUGCAUUUCCAGUCGCAUCGCCUCCCCCAUCAUCCUCACUGGCGCCCACGGCAUCUGCCUUUCAGACGCCACCAUUGGCUGUCCCGUCUUCAGAGCCACCAAGGGAGCUUACUCAUCGGGAACGUCUGAUUGAAUUCUUCCAGAAAAACAAUCCAUCCAAGUUGGGCAAUGUGGAUGCUCUGCUGGAAAAAUUCAAGGGGAAAGAGGAUCUCAUGUUCCAGAAAGUGGAAGAACGAUAUGGAAAUUCUCAACAAUCAUCAUCGACUCCCAAAAAUCCGCAGCCGGAUGCUGCUGCUGGAACUACUUCCUUCUCCUUUCCUGGUUCCUCGCCUCCGACAACAUCCAAUCAUCGGGAACGCCUGAUUGCAUUCUUUCAGAAAAACAACCCAUCCAAGUUGGGCAAUGUGGAUGCACUGCUAGAAAAAUUCAAGGGGAAAGAGGAUCUCAUGUUCCAGAAAGUGGAAGAAAGAGCCCAACAAUCAUCUUCGACUCCAAUCGCUGCUUCUGACUCGUCCAAGAAGAGCUAUCGAGAACGCCUCAUUGAACUCUUUCAGAAGCACAAUCCUUCCAAGUUAAACACUGUGGAUGCACUGUUGGAAAAAUUCAAAGGCAAGGAAGAGGCACUGCUGCAAAAGGCAAAAGAGAAAUAUGCAAGUGGAGCAGCCCAGACGGCUACAGAACCUCCCGUCCAGCAGGCCGCAGCAAAUCCGCCCGCACCCCAAUCUACUGUUCCGACGAUUCCGAUGACAGCCGAAACAGACGACCAUAGGAAACGUUUGAUUGACUUUUAUCAACAGUACAAUCCGUCCAAGCUGGAUACAGUGGAGGAAACACUGGUCAAAUUCCAAGGCAAGGAAACGGAACUCUUUGAAAAGUUGAAGAAAAAAUACAUCAAAGACGGCAUGCUACCACCCACCGGCACGGGUCCCACUUGCUUUUUGGAGUUUGCAUUGGAUGGGACUGCCGUGGGCCGUGUCGAAGUCAAACUCUUUCAAGACAAGACGCCUCUGGCCGCAGAAAACUUUCGCUGUCUCUGUACGGGCGAGAAAGGAAUGGGACGUGCCACCAAAGAACUGUGUUUUCGUGGAAGCAAAAUUCAUCGCAUCGCCCCUGGAUUCUGUAUCCAAGGAGGAGACUUUACCAAGGGAGAUGGAACGGGUGGAGAAUCGAUUUAUCCUCCCAACAGCGAACACGGUGACAUGUGGGGAAAAUUCAAAGACGAAACGCCGUUUUUGAUGCACAAUCGCAAGGGACUGCUCAGUAUGGCCAACAACGGUCCCAACAAGAAUGGCAGUCAGUUCUUUUUCACAUUGCGGGCCACCCCUCAGUUGGACGGCAAGCAUGUUGUCUUUGGGGAAGUAGUGACAGGACUGGAACUCGUGGAAGAACUUGGAAAACUGGCGACGGACCCAAAGCAACGUCCAUUGAAGAGUUUGGUGAUUGUCGAUUGUGGCCAAUUGUUGGCGGAAGAUGGAUCUGUCGUUGAGGCGCCAACGGCCAAGUCGUCGUCAUCUGGGGGUGAUUCGGGCAGCAACAGCAAGUCUCCUUUUGGAUCGUUUGGUGGUGGUGGUGGUGGUGCGUUUGGAAGUAGCGGCGCGCAGCAAUCGCCGUUCGGUUCAUUUGGGUCGACAGAAAAGCAACCGUCAUCGUUCUCUUCAUCGGCUCUUACGUCCUUUUCCGCCGUCGCUUCACCAUUUGCGUUUGGCGCCAAACCAAUUGAGGGCAGUGCGACGUCUGCAGUGUCGUCGUCGUCGUUGACUUCGGAUACAGUCGAUGCGGCUAAGACUGCAACACCCUCGUUUUCAUUCGGGCAAGGAACAACAUCCUUCUCUUUUGGGAUUCCAACAGGCACAGGUGCAUCCGAAACAAAAAACGAUGCCUCUGAUGGCAAGGGUCCAAACGCGUUUUCACUUGGACAGGGCACAACAUCCUUCUCUUUGGGGAGUGAGAGCGGUGGCAACCCUGAUUCCACUGCUGAUGAUGCAAAGGUCUCCAGCGCCUUUUCAUUUGGGCAAGGCACGCCAUCAUUUUCUUUUGGUGGCGGCAGCGCGACUAGUGGCAAAGGUCUGUCUACAUCAACGGCCACAUCAAGUGAUUUCUCACUCGGGAGUGGCAAAGCAUCCUUUUCUUUUGGUGUUCCAGCUGGUGGCCAAGACCCUCCUACCUCAGCUAGUUCAAGUGGCGAAGAUAAGGCUUCAGCGGCUGCUUCGUUUGGACAAGGCACUGCGUCCUUUUCCUUUGGUGCUGCAAGCAGUGACACAACUUCUGACGAACGACCAGCGAAGAAGUCUGCAGUUGGCGGUGAUGCCAGUUCUUCAGGUACAACGUUUUCCUUCGGAAAAGGUUCAGCAUCGUUGUCUUUUGGAGGUACCAGUACCAGUGAAACCAAGGACCCUUCUAUGUCUUCCGCCAAGAAGUCAAAACCCAGCGGCGACACGAGAGCUUUUAAUCCUUUUUCAACCGGAAUGGACGCAGCAUCAUUGCCGUUUGGUGCUUCAGCCAACACCAUGGGCAAAGAACUUGGCAAACCCACCGACAACAAGGAGUCAGCGUCGUUGCCUGCGGGAAAAGGCAAGCCAUCUUUCUCUUUUGGUGGCCCCGGCUCUCCCUUGGGAACUAAAUCAACAACACCCGCUACGGCACCUUCCUUUUCUUUCGGACAAGCCAAGCCACCCUUAUCGUUCGACGUGAAGCCCACUACGCAAGUGGCAACACCGAGCGACAAAGCCAGCAUUGCGGGACCUUUUUCCUUUGGGGAAGCUGCAGAGGCCACUGAUUCUACCAAGAGCCAGCCUGUUGUGGACAUUAAAUCGUCAGCACCAUCGUUCGCGUUUGCACCCAACAACUCAAUGGGAGGUGCACGUACCGGUACGGCAAAAACGCAAAGCACAGGAUCAGAAUCUGCGACCCCAUCCUUGUCGUUUGGGCUGUCAGACAAUAAGCCCCUUGUGUCCAGCUCCGCCGCGACAUCGUUUUCAUUCGGGCAGAGCAAACCAACAGAAACAGCAUCAAGUCAAGGUACGGGCACCCCCGGCACAUCCGCUGCGUUCUCGUUUGGUUCAAAUAAACAGUCGGAGACAACAAAAGCAGAAGAGAGAACGCCUCUGGGAACAACAUCCGCUGCGACAACUUUCUCGUCGGGGCAGAACAAGGGUCCAAACCCUUUUGCUGCCUUCUCUUCCACCGCGAAGACUGACUGGAAGUCUGCGUUCUCAGCUGGCCAGGGGAGCCCCGGAUUGCACGGUGCGUUGGCUUUGAACCCUGCGAUCGCUGCGGGAGGCAGUGCGUUUUCAACGAAUCAGGCAGGUACAAGUGAGAGCAUACAAAAAGAUGCCGACUCCAAGACGUCAUCUGGACCGAAGAGCCAGCUUGGUUCCACCCGAACUCAGUCAAGCACUCCUGUAUCUUCGCUUGCGCUGGGAAGCUCAGCUGGGCUGGCGAAGGGAGUAGAUCAGAGAGUUUCGAGUCCUGCGAAAUCAAGAGGGUCUAAAUCCUCUCAUGCAUCCCCUUCAGUUUCUGCUGUCGCUGCUGCAGGUCCCUCGUUUGGGUCGCCUCCGAAGCAAGCUAACUUUGGCUCUAAGUUGUCCACGAAGCUAGCACCAGAGGCUGUGCAACCAGUGGCAUCCAACGAGGCUCCUUGGAAGAUUCUUGGUAGCGGCCAAAGCAAAUCCAACAAAAAGACCAUCGACCCUGCCGAAAAGAACGUGAGAAGCCCACAAAAGCCAACGUUGCCAUCGUUCUAUUUUGGAGAAGAAAAGUCAAAGCCAAUUCGUAACGAGGGAAAUCCAGAUUUUCAAAUCAAGAAUCUGCCCACGCCAAGAGGUAACCAGAGCAUCGACGAUCUGAGACACUUCAAUGAUGUAUCUGAUGCUCUCAGUGACAUUCUGGCUGAAAGGGUCUUCUCAGACGACGUGCUGUCGAAGGUCAGCGUUGAGCAGGUGGAAAGGGCCAUGGCGCUUCCUGUGGAGAAGAAGAUUGGGGUACUUGCCUACAUUGACGAGAUCGAGAGCCAGGGCGCUUCCUUCACUUGGGCAGACAUCGAGUUUGCAAUGGAACAUACCGGCGGAGACUCGACACCCGCUCAAGCUCCCAUCGAGGACUCUGACGAUUUGGAGUCCUCGUUUGUCCAGGUGACGGGGAAGCCAGUGCAAGAUGUUCGUGAGCCCUCUGUCGUUGACGACAGCAAAGAGUCGAGUAACUUGGAAGUGUCAACACGUGAUGGCGAUGCAGUUCUAGUAGCUCCAGUGUCAGAUACAGCGCAGCACGACGAAGGUGUGCUGCAGUCUCCGCUGGGAAACGCUGGCAAAGAAAGCUCUGGUGUUGCAAAAGAAGAACCCUUUCGUCAGUCAGCCACAAUUGGUAAGGAAGAAGCCCAAGACGUUAAGUCUCCGAUUGUGCGGGUAGGCAACCAGCAGAUUGGUGACGCGGUAGAAGACGUGGGCAACACGGAAGAGCGCAACGCUGGAUCUCCAAUUGUUUUCGUGGAACAUAGCAUGGCUGAAGAGAGCGACGCAGUUAACGUCAGCGAAAUCUCUGGUACUGCUGCCAUUGCCACCUCCGACGAAUGGGAUAACGUUGCGCUGCCUAUGGUUGAGGAUAUUGAGGAACUUGACAAUGCUGAAGAUGAGAUGCCCGCGAACCAAGUUGGAAAGCUCCAAUUACCUGUAGUUGACAAUCGUGGUGUCAACCUGCCUAAAACUACAACAGAUCAAGACCAGGACGACUUCGUGUUGGUUUCUGAUGCCCCCAGAAUCCCUAACGUCGAACAUGACACCCCUUUGCGGUCUCCAGAAGUAGCCUCCGUUGGCGGCGGCGAGCCCAGAGUUUUGUCCAGGAAAGAAGAAGAAAGCUACGAAUCCCCUUCACGUUACACACGCAGGCCCAAGCCAACUCCGAAAGCGGAGGACCGGCAAGAGGAGCUUUUGCUCUGGAACCUCGAGCCAUUGAACUAA